CGGGAGCGUGAAUCAGGCCGAACGGGCGGGCGGGCCGCGGCGGGGAGUGGCUGUCGGACGGACGGGACCGCGAGGCCGCUGGGCGGCGGUGGGCUCCUGCUGCCCCUGUGCCGAAACCCCGCUCACCUGGCCAGGCCCCCGGCCCCAACAUGGCCCGUCGAUCCCAGAGCAGCUCUCAGGGGGACAACCCAUUGGCACCUGGGUACCUGCCACCUCACUACAAAGAAUAUUAUCGCCUAGCGGUGGACGCACUGACUGAGGGUGGGCAAGAAGCCUACAACCGCUUCUUGGCAUCUGAAGGGGCACCUGACUUCCUGUGCCCUGAGGAACUGGAACAUGUGAGCCGUCACCUGCAGCCCCCACAGUAUGUGUCCCGGGAACCCCCUGAAGGCGCUCCUCCUGAUGUGGACAUGGACGGUUCCUCAGGCACCUACUGGCCAGUGAACUCAGACCAGGCUGUGCCUGAGCUGGACCUGGGCUGGCCCCUGACAUUUGGCUUCCAAGGCACCGAGGUCACCACACUGGUACAGCCGCCGCCACCUGACAGCCCCAGCAUCAAAGAUGAAGCUCGGAGGAUGAUCCGCUCUGCCCAGCAGGUGGUGGCUGUGGUGAUGGACAUGUUCACUGACGUGGAUCUGCUCAGUGAAGUGCUAGAGGCUGCUGCAAGGCGAGUCCCGGUCUACAUUCUGCUGGAUGAAAUGAACGCCCAGCAUUUCCUAGACAUGGCCGACAAGUGUCGCGUCAACCUGCACCACGUGGAUUUCCUGCGCGUGCGCACAGUGGCAGGCCCUACUUACUACUGCCGCACUGGGAAGUCUUUCAAGGGCCAUCUGAAGGAGAAGUUCUUGCUUGUGGACUGUGCUGUAGUGAUGAGCGGUAGUUAUAGCUUCAUGUGGUCCUUCGAGAAAAUCCACCGCAGCCUGGCUCAUGUGUUCCAGGGAGAGCUGGUCUCCAGCUUCGAUGAAGAGUUCCGCAUUCUCUUCGCACAGUCGGAGCCUCUGGUGCCCUCAGCUGGGGCGCUAGCCCGCAUGGAUGCCUAUGCGCUUGCUCCAUACUCCGGGGCUGGGCCCCUGGUGGGUGUCCCCGGGGUUGGAGCACCAACACCUUUUUCUUUCCCUAAACGGGCGCACCUCCUGUUCCCACCGCCCAGGGAAGAAGGCCUGGGCUUCCCCUCUUUCCUAGACCCUGACCGCCACUUCCUAUCGGCAUUCCGCCGAGAGGAGUUGCAGCGGAUGCCUGGGGGUGCUCUGGAGCCUCACACAGGGCUCCGGCCACUGAUGCGUCCAGGUGAGGCUGGGCCGCUUGGAGAGCUCUCGGGCCCCCGGGGCUUCUUCCAGUCACGGCACCUGGAAAUGGAUGCCAUCAAGCGGCACAGCUAUACAGCAGCGGAUGGAGCUGGAGCAGUGGAGAACUUUGCAGCUGCACGGCAGGUGUCUCGACAAACAUUCCUCAGUCACGGUGAUGAUUUCCGUUUCCAGACCAGCCACUUCCAACGGGACCAGCUCUACCAGCAGCAUUACCAAUGGGACCCACAGUUUGCUCCCGCGCGCCCACAGGGCCUCUUCGAGAAGCUUCGAGCAGGCCGACCUGGCUUUGCAGACCCUGACGACUUUGCACUAGGUGCUGGGCACCGCUUCCCAGAACUCGGUGCUGAUAUACACCAACGACUGGAAUAUGUGCCAUCCAGCGCAUCUCGGGAGGUACGCCACGGCUCAGAUCCCGCCUUUGGACCCAGCCCCCGUGGUCUGGAGCCCAGUGGGGCCACGCGUCCCAAUCUGGGCCAGCGUUUUCCAUGCCAAGCAACUUUGAGGCAAGGCCUGGACACCACUACGGAGGCAGAGCCUGAGCGCAGGGGUGGACCCGAGGGCCGGGCUGGGCUGCGUCACUGGCGUCUGGCUUCCUACCUGAGCGGCUGCCACGGUGAUGGUGGAGAGGAGGGUCUACCCAUGGAGGCUGAGGCCUGUGAAGAUGAGGUGCUGGCUCCUGGAGGCCGGGACCUACUUCCCUCCACCUUCCGCACUCCUGCACCCUUCCCAGCUAAGGGACCAAAGCCAGGCUCAGGAAGCGGUGGUGGUGACAGCUCCGAGCGAGAGGGCCCAGAAGAGACAGGCCUGGUUAAGCAGGACUCCUUCCGCUCACGCUUAAACCCGCUCAUCCAGCGCAGCUCCAGGCUGCGCUCAUCACUCAUCUUUGCGUCACAGGCUGAGGGUACUGUUGGGACCACAGCAGCCACCACUGAAAAAGUACAGCUGAUGCACAAAGAGCAAACAGUCAGUGAAACUCUGGGCCCCAGCGGAGAGGCUGUUCGUUCCAGCGCCUCAGCCAAAGUGGCGGAGCUACUGGAGAAAUACAAGGGCCCUGCCCGAGACCCUGGCGGUGCAGGGGGUGCCAUCACUGCCUCCAGCCACAGCAAGGCUGUAGUGUCCCAGGCCUGGCGGGAGGAGGUGGUAGCACCAGGAGGAGCGGGAGCUGAGCGCCGUAGCCUUGAGAGUUGCUUGCUUGACCUGCGCGACUCCUUUGCCCAGCAGUUGCACCAAGAGGCAGAGCGACACCCAGGAGCCGCUUCGCUAACUGCCGCGCAACUUCUCGACACGCUGGGCGGCACAGACCGCUUGCCAUCACGUUUCCUCUCUGCCCAGGGCCGCUCCUUGUCUCCACAAGGUCGAGAUAGCCCUCCGCCAGAAGGGCUUGGGACACACCAGCUGCCUUAUUCUGAGCCAAAAGGGAGCCCCACCCCAGCGUAUCCUGAGCGCAAGGGGAGCCCCACACCAGCUUACCCUGAGCGCAAGGGGAGCCCCACACCAGCUUACCCUGAGCGCAAGGGGAGCCCCACUCCAGCCUACGCUGAGCGUAAGGGGAGCCCUACUCCAGCCUACCCUGAGCGUAAGGGGAGCCCCACGUCUGGAUUUCCCAAUCGGAGGGGCAGCCCAACCACAGGAUUGAUGGAGCAGAAGGGGAGUCCCACCUCGACCUACCCAGACCGUAGAAGCAGCCCGGUGCCCCCAGUGCCAGAGCGCAGGGGUAGCCCAGUACCCCCUGUGCCCGAGCGCAGAGGCAGUCUCACCUUCGCUGGGGAGUCUUCGAAGACUGGGCCUACAGAGGAGGUGUCUGGCGGCCCCAUGGAAGUCCUGCGAAAGAGUUCUCUCCGCCUCAGGCAGCUGCUGAGCCCCAAAAGUGAGCGGCGCGGAGAGGAUGAGGUCAGCUUCCCAGCUCCGCAGGAGAAUGGGCAGCCUGAGAGUCCCCGGCGGCCCUCGCUGAGUCGAGGUGACAGCACAGAGGCUGCUGCAGAGGAGAGAGGCUCAAGGGUCCGCCUAGCUUCAGCUACUGCCAAUGCUCUGUACAGCAGCAACCUGCGAGAUGACACGAAGGCCAUUCUGGAGCAAAUCAGUGCCCAUGGCCAGAAGCACCGCGCAGUCCCUGCUCCAGGUCCAGCCCAUAACAGUUCUGAUGUAGGUCGCCCAACAACUGCAGGAGACUUGGCACCAGACAUGUCUGACAAGGACAAGUGUUCAGCCAUCUUCCGCUCAGACAGCCUAGGGACACAAGGCCGGCUCAGUCGCACCCUGCCAGCCAGUGCAGAGGAGCGUGACCGGCUCCUUCGCCGCAUGGAGAGCAUGCGCAAAGAGAAGCGUGUCUACAGUCGCUUCGAAGUCUUCUGCAAGAAGGAAGACGCUGGCAGUAGUGCGGCAGGAGACAACUUGGCAGAUGAGGACACCAGGGACAGUAAAAUGGGCAAAUUUGUUCCCAAGAUCCUGGGCACAUUCAAAAGCAAAAAGUGAUCUCCUGGUCUUGGAGGUCAGGACUCUGCAUCACUGCCAUACCGUACCCACAAUGCCCAUCUGGAGAGGUGGCUGCCAGGUCGGUGUCAAAGCAGUUUGGGACCUGGCUGACAACUUCAACUGAGCUCCACUUGAAUUCGCCUGGCUACAGCACUGCCUCUUGUUCUUGGCUUUUCCACGAGGGGCUCAGCCCCUCCACCUGGUGCAUUUUCCUGAUCCCCUCCCCCACCUCAGCCUCCACCAUCUCCUGGGCUCAGGUCUACUUUGGGUCUUAUUUCACCUCAGGGAUCUAUCUGUCUGCCUUAUUGUCCAGUUCUUCAGGAACUCUAUCGCUUUGUGCCUCGAUUCCUUCUUAAGGCCUUUUAUCUCAGGGCUUUUUUCUCAGGGUUUGCAGCUCACAGCUCUUGGUUCCACUGCCUCUGGUGACCGCCUCCUCCCACCCUCUCAUUUCCGUCUCUCUCUGGAACACACCUUGCCUGUUCCCGCUCUGUCUCCUCGCUGCCUCCUAGCACUUUCUCAGCAUCUGCCCUCUUGCCAUGCGGAUGGCAGACUUGGCCUCAGGCAGUUUAAGGGAAGAGAGGGACGCUGGACAGGACAGACCAUUGGAAAAUAGUUGCCAAACACCUAGAGAGGCGCCUCAAGACACAUCUGCCCUCUCCAGCAAGUUUCUGGGUAGCACUUGAAGAGGAGCCAAGACUGGGGAGCACUGGACUUUGCAGUACAAUAAAGGAAUCUGAACAGACUUUCUGUGACCCCCCAAGCCUCAGUAAAUUCCUAAUCCAAAGUCUGGAAA